AUGUUAUUACAAAGCUUGCAAGUCUUUGGAAAUUUGGUGGAAGCGGUUGUCAGCCUGUUUUUGGACCACGAGAAAAUUACUAAAGCACUAGACAAAAGCAAGGGCACAAUUCGUAUCAAAACCUACUUCUCUCAAGAAGCCUUGAUAGUCACUUGUGACCCAGAAAAUGUGCACUACAUCAUGACAUCAAACUUUUCAAGAUAUCACAAAGGGCCGGAAUGGAGAAAGAGAUUAGAUAUUUUUGGAGAUCAUGGUGUUUUCAAUUCUGAUUUUGAAGAAUGGAAGUCCCAGAUCAAAACGAUUCGUGAUUUUUUAAGCCACAAGAAGUUUCAUCAACUCACAGAAAAAACGAUUCCUGGUAUAAUAAAGAACCAGCUAGUUCCAGUUCUUGAGCAUAUCUCAAAACAAAAUGCAGCGGUGGAUUUGCAGGAUUUGUUCAAAAGGUAUACGUUUGACUUUGCUAGCAUCAUCUCCACUGGUUUCAACCCCAAGACUCUCUGUAUUGAAUUCCCAGAAAUUCCUUUUUCAAAUGCAAUGGAUGAUGCCUGCGAAGCAAUAUUUUAUCGGCAUAUUAUGCCGGAAAGCUGGUGGAAACUUCAAAGGUGGCUUGGAAUUGGGAAAGAAAGAAAGUAUAGUAAUAGUAUUAAAACAGUAGAUGAGUUUGCGAUGAAGCAAAUUUCGAUUCGACGAGCAAUACUUAGCAAAUCAAUGAAAAUAAUGGAGGUAGAGGAAGAAGAAAGUUUCAAUCUUUUGAAUCUCUACUUUAGUGGGCAUGAGAUCUCUGGAGCAGCACUUACUGAUGAGAAAAUUAUUAAAGACAACUUGAUUGGAUUUAUUUUUGCAACUGAAGAUACAAGUAGGACAGCUCUCUCUUGGUUCUUCUGGUUGAUCUCGCAAAAUCCAUCAGUUGAGAUGAAGAUCAGAGAAGAACUGAGAAGAAACUUGCCACAGGAAGAAGACAAAGAAGGGAGAGUAUUCUGGCACUUGGAUGAGUUAAAUAGGCUUGUUUAUCUGCACGCAGCUUUAUGUGAAAGCCUAAGGCUAUUCCCACCUGCUCCUUUUGAAAUCAGGACCCCAAUGCAUGAAGAUAGCCUUCCUAGCGGCCAAAAUGUGAAUCCAAACACACCGGUUAUAGUGUGUUCGUAUGCUAUGGGGAGAAUGGCAUGGAUUUGGGGAGAUGAUUGUGAAGAAUUCAAGCCAGAAAGAUGGAUCACUGAAGAUGGAGGGAUUAAACAUUACCCGCAACACAAGUUUUUAGCAUUCAAUGCAAGGCCAAGGGUAUGCCUUGGCAAGACUGUUGCAUUUGCUCUAAUGAAGGCCGUUGCAGCCACCGUAAUCCAUAACUUUGAAGUUCAAGUGCUGAAAAACCACCGCAUGAAACCUAAGCUUAGUAUCAGUUUAGGGAUGAAGAAUGGAUUAUUUGCUAAGGUUAAGAGUAGAUUAAAAUGA